AUGGCGUUCUACCAGAACAACGGACAGCCUGAGAUGCAGUUCUAUCAAUCGAACUAUUCCAAUAAUUUUCAAAGCAGUCCCUCGGCUCAAUUUGCCAAUCAAGGUAGUAUGGAUGGCGGAUUUGGUGCCAAUGUGGAUGUGAGUGGGGCUAUGGGAAGUGGAGAACUUGCUCCAGGGAUAAUUGCAGCAUUUGGAACAUCUGGAUAUCCUGGAGAACCUCCAUUAUUAGAGGAGCUUGGGAUCAAUUUUCAGCAUAUCAAGGGUAAGACUUUAGCUGUAUUGAAUCCAUUCAAUAAAAGUAUUAGUCCUGAUAUAAUGUCAGAUUCCGAUCUUGCAGGGCCCAUUUUGUUUGCACUUAUAUUUGGAACAUUAUUACUUUUAGCAGGUAAAGUUCAAUUUGGAUAUAUCUAUGGGGUUGGAUCAUUUGGAACUAUUAGUUUGCACUAUUUGUAUAAGUUCAUGUCAGAUUCAGUGGAGAUUGAUAUCACGCGUUCUGUUAGUGUUAUAGGUUAUUGCAUGUUGCCAUUACUUUUAGUUUGCGUUAUAGGGGUUUUCCAUUCUUUGGAUAACCUAUUUGGUUAUUUGACUAGUGCUGUUGCUGUGUUUUGGUGUACAUAUUCAGCUUCAGGGUUCUUUGUUGCUGUAUUGAAGUUGCAUAACGUCAGACCAUUGAUUGCCUAUCCUCUCUGCAUGUUCUACACUGUGUUUGCCUUGAUGGCUAUCUUUGUGGAGAAGGGUCCUGCAACAUCAUAA